AUGCGUCCCCUGGGCGUCAGGAGCUUCUUGCUGCUGGCCUCCUCCCUGUUCUGCGCUGGGCUGUCAGCUGCUCCGCAGAGCUUCUCGCCAUCUCUGAGGAGCUGGUCGGGCGCCACCUGCAGGCUGUCCCGGGCCGAGUCGGAGCGCCGGUGCCGCGCACCUGGGCAGCCCCCAGGGGGCGCUCUAUGCCACGGCCGGGGCCAGUGCGACUGCGGCGUCUGCAUCUGUCACGUGACCGAGCCGGGCACGUACUUCGGGCCCCUGUGUGAGUGCCACGAGUGGGUGUGCGAGACCUACGACGGGCACACCUGCGCAGGCCAUGGGCAGUGCGACUGUGGCAAGUGCAAAUGUGACGAGGGAUGGUCUGGGGAUGCUUGCCAGUACCCAACUAACUGUGACCUGACAAAGAAAAAAAGUAACCAAAUGUGCAAGAAUUCUCAAGAUAUCAUCUGCUCAAACGCAGGGACAUGUCACUGUGGCAGGUGUAAGUGUGAUAAUUCAGAUGGAAAUGGACUCGUUUAUGGUAAAUUUUGUGAGUGUGAUGAUGGAGAAUGCAUAGAUGAUGAAACAGAAGAAGUAUGUGGAGGCCAUGGGAAGUGUUACUGUGGAAACUGUUACUGCGAGGCUGGUUGGCAUGGAGAUAAAUGUGAAUUCCAGUGCGACAUCACCCCCUGGGAAAGCAAGCGGAGAUGCACAUCUCCAGAUGGCAAGAUCUGCAGCAACAGAGGGACUUGUGUAUGUGGUGAAUGUUCCUGCCAUGAUGUUGAUCCGACUGGGGACUGGGGAGAUAUUCAUGGGGACACCUGUGAGUGUGAUGAAAGGGACUGUGGAGCUGUCUAUGACCGAUACUCUGAUGACUUCUGUUCUGGUCACGGGCAAUGUAAUUGUGGAAGAUGUGACUGCAAAGCAGGCUGGUAUGGGAAAAAAUGUGAGCACCCACGUUCCUGCCCGCUGUCAGCUGAGGAGAGCAUCAGGAAGUGUCAGGGAAACUCCGAUCUGCCGUGCUCUGGAAGGGGUAAAUGCGAAUGUGGCAAGUGCACUUGCUACCCUCCAGGGGACCGCAGGGUGUACGGCAAGACGUGUGAGUGCGAUGAUCGCCGCUGUGAGGACCUCGACGGUGUGGUCUGUGGAGGCCAUGGUACGUGUUCCUGCGGUCGUUGUGUUUGUGAGACAGGAUGGUUUGGAAAGCUCUGCCAACAUCCACGGAAGUGUAACAUGACAGAAGAGCAAAGCCGGAGUCUGUGUGAGUCAGCAGACAGCACCUUGUGCUCAGGGAAAGGUUCUUGUCAUUGUGGCAAAUGCAUCUGUUUUGCCGAAGAAUGGUAUAUUUCGGGGGAACUCUGCGACUGUGAUGACAGAGACUGCGACAAGCAUGACGGUCUCAUUUGCACAGGGAAUGGAAUUUGUAGCUGUGGGAACUGCGAAUGCUGGGAUGGAUGGAACGGAAAUGCAUGCGAAAUCUGGCUUGGCACCGAAUAUCCUUAACAACUACAUGGGAGAGGACUGGAUUCUUAUUUUCCAGACCAUUAGAACAUAUAAAUGCAAAAGAAACCAUGUAUAAUCACCACUAGGACAGGUUAAACAGGCUAUUGUAUGUUUUUCCAUUUCUGAAUGCCUGGAUGAAAUCUGGGUACCCAUAAGAAAUGAGUUAAGCAAACUCUGAUUGAAGUAACACAGAAAGAAUUUUUCUUCCAUAAUCAACAUCAUUGGUUCUCAAUGAGGGCAAUUUUGCCACCCAGAAGACAUUUGGCAACAUCUGCAGACACUUUUGAUUGUUGCACUGGUUGGGGUGGAAGGGUGUGCUAUGGGCAUCUAGUGGGCAGAGGCCAGGGAGGCUGCUAAAUAUCCCACACUGCACAGAUGGCCCCCACCACAAAGAAUUAUCUGACUCCAAAUGGUGCCAGCGUUGAGAAAUGCUGAAUUACAAGGUUGUUAGAAAUCCACAUCCUUACACAAGAAAGACCAUAUUAGAAUCUAAGAAAAAGAUGUAUCCUCAUAUAAAUUCGUCAGUAAGAUUUUUCCUGGAUUCCAUAUGAUUCAGUAUUGUCAUAUGGUGACAAUGAAGAUAGACACACAUGAGGUAUAAUGUCAGGUUGGAGGCGGGGGGAGGUUAUGCCACCAGAUCACAAGUGCUUCAGAAGGGAAAAGACUGGUCAUUUUUAGCCAUUAAGUCAUUUGUCUAAACUCACUUUAAACUGACAAAAGAAGAUUAUCUUAAGAUAAAGGGAGAAAUUAUG